AUGGCGUAUCAGUCAGAAGCACCAUGGCGGCCGCAAGAUCCGCGCGAAGUUGGAGAAAUGAUUCGCAUUCUCGAGGCAAACAAGGGAAAGGGAAAAGGCAAGGACAGCUUCUCUUGCAAGAAGAGCACAUUUUCCGUCGAUGGCAGCAAAAUCACAGUGGACUCGUGGAAGAUGCAAGACUGGGACUACAAGAAAGAAGGUCUCCCAACGUACGCGCGCGGACUCUUCACCACCAUCAACUCCCAAGGGCAGCAUGAAAUCGCAGUACGAGGAUACGACAAAUUCUUCAACCACGGCGAAGUGCGAGAGACCGAAUGGACCAACGUCGAGAACAAGACCCGAGGACCCUACGAGUUGAGCGUGAAGGAGAAUGGAUGCAUCAUCUUCUUGGCGGGACUUGAAGACGGCACUCUCAUCGUCUGCAGCAAGCACUCAACAGGGUCUCGAGAUGGCACAGAAGUCAGCCACGCCAACGCCGGCGAGAAAUGGGUCGAGCGGCAUUUGGCGACUGUUGGCAGGACGAAGCAAGAUCUCGCCAAAGAGCUUCGACGAAUGAACGCAACCGCAGUGGCAGAACUUUGCGACGAUGAAUUCGAGGAGCAUGUGCUUGCGUACACUCCUGAAACCGCUGGUCUCUACCUUCACGGUCUCAACCUGAACCUGCCCGAGUUUGCCACAUACCCACACAAUCUGGUCGAUCAAUUCGCAGACGCAUGGGGAUUCAAGAAGACCACAUACAUCAUCAAGAACGACUUGAGUGAGGUGAAGAGUUUCUUGGACCAGACCGCGGAGACCGGGAACUAUGAGGGGCGCGACACAGAAGGCUUCGUCAUUCGAUGUCAAUCAAAAGCUGGCUCGGGCGACUGGCACGACUGGUUCUUCAAAUACAAGUUCGAGGAGCCGUAUCUCAUGUACCGACAAUGGAGAGAAUGCACAAAGGCUGUGAUCGCUGGUAAGCCACCGAGGUUCAAGAAGCACAAGAAGAUUACCGAGGAGUACCUCAUCUUCGCACGGAGACAGCUUCACGGCAAUCCCGAACUUGGUCGCGCAUACGGCAACAACCAUGGGAUCAUCAAGAUGCGUGACGACUUCCUGGCAUAUCGCGGACUGAAGGGCUCAGACAUCAUUCGCCAGGAGGCUUUGGAGGGGGAGGUCUCGAGCGAUGCUGUGACUGGGGAUGUCAUCCUCGUUCCAGUGGCGACCAUCGGAUGUGGCAAGACUACCGUGGCAUUGGCGCUAUGCAAGCUCUUCAACUGGGGACAUGUACAGAACGACAACAUCACUGUCAAGCGUGGUAAGCCGCAAGCAUUCGCAGCAGCCUGCGUCGACGCCUUGGCCAAAGAUGCAGCAAUGAUCGCGGAUCGGAACAAUCACCAACGUCGCGAGCGGCAACAACUCAUCGAAGAUGUGUCGAAGGUUGUGCCCACGACUCGUUUCGUUGCAUUGCACUUCGUCCAUGAGCGCGGCAACCAUGACAACAUUCGUACCGCACUUCGACAGCGAGUUCUGUCAAGAGGAGACAAUCAUCAGACCAUUCACACAAGCAAGGGCUCCGAGGAGAUCAUCGGCAUCAUGGAGGGAUUCAUGCACCGAUUCGAGCCCGUUCGUCCAGAAAAUGCUCCCGACGAUGGCUUCGACCUUGUGAUCGACCUGGAUCCCAUCGCCUCAUCGAGGGAGAACUUGGAGGCGGUGAUCACGCGGAUGUACAACGAAUACCCUAAGCUUUUCGGUGGACAAGACAUGCCGUCACCCGAUGAAAUGGACAACGCGAUUCAAGCAGCCCUCUCGGAAUAUACCGUCGACAUCAAACACGAGAUCAAAGCCCGCGACGACCGCUCAAAGAAGCAAGGCAACAAGCCAAACAACAACUUCACCGCUCAAUCCAACGGCGCCAAACCCAAAGAACGCAAACUCGAAUACUUCGCCGUCCAGAUCCCCGCAGACCAAGUCUCCCGCAUCCUCCACGCCAUGUUCUCCUCCGCCUCGCCCGACACCGCCCGCAUCUACAACACCCUCCGCGCUCAACACCGCAUCCAAAACGAAUUCCACGUCACCCUCGUCCACCGCGCCCAAUCCUCCGAGUUCCAGAACAUCUGGGACCGCCUAACAGAACUCCACACGCACUACUCCCAACCCACCGCUUCCGCCGCCUACCCUCUGCCAACGCCCAAGAUCGGCGACUGCAACGUCCGCCUUGAGCGGCUUAUUUGGGACUCUCGCGUGAUGGCUUUCCUCGUUCGGCUGAGUCCCGCGGGAGCUGGUGCGGAGGUGUUCCAGAGCACGAAUAAAGUGCCGCAUGUUACGGUGGGCACGGCGAAUCAGGACAUCAAGCCGAAGGAGUCGAAUGAUCUGUUGGCGAGGUGGUUGCAGGAGGGGUGUACGCCGGAGAAUGGCAUUACGGAGUCGGUUGUGCCGGGGAAUGUGGAGUUGGUGGGGACCGUGAAGGGGGUGCUUUCCAGGUAGAUGAAGCGAGAGGAAUCUGGCGAGGCGCAUUGUGUGGUCAGGACAGUAAGAGUGCGUCACUAGGAUGGCCAGCAUGGAUAUGCCAUCACAUCCUGAUGAGCUCUAGGGGAUGGUCGGCUCACCACAGUAGGUAAACGAGAAGGGUCAAUGAAAAGCCAGCAGGAUUUCAUGGUGUGUCUAAUUGCGAUAGAUUAGCUCACAUGGCAUACCCCGUCUGCACCUCCG